AUGUCAAAUAAGUCAUAUGAGGUAGGUGAUCAACCUGAAACUGUUAUGGUACAGUGUCUAUGGAACAAAAGGCGCAUAAUAUUUGUGCUAUUAGUAGAAAAGAGCAAAAUAAACAUCAUCAGUGAAGGGGAUCCAUUGAUAUACUUCUUUAAAUCUGCGAGAAUCAUCAGAUGUGUCGGAAAGACGAGAGUUAAGAAAAAAGUUGUGAGAAAAAAAAGGUUGAAUACCACCGUGCUCAACCUGUUGUGUGUUCGGGGACAUUUGGUACAUUAA